AUGCAAGGUAAUUUGUCUGCUUGGCUAGUCAAAAACGGAAUAGUUCAUAGAUCUUUGGGUUUUGAUUACCAAGGAAUAGAGACUUUACAAAUAAAGCCCGAGGAUUGGCAUUCGAUGGCUGUUAUUUUAUAUGUUGCUAAUUAUGAGUGUUACAAGGAAUUUGAUUGGGAAGUUCAAUGGCAAAAAGAAGGAGAUUCAUUAGCUCGUUAUUUAGUUCGAAUUGGUGAAAUGGUGGAAUCCAUAAAAAUAAUUCAACAGGCUUUGGAAGGAAUUCCAGGGGGCCUUAUGAAAAUUUUGAAAUUCGCUGCUUUGAUAGAGAAAAGGAGCCAGAAUGGAAUGAUUUUGAAUAUAGAUUCAUUGAUAAAAAAAUCGUCUCCUACUUUUGAAUUGCCGAAACAAGAACUUUAUGUGAGAGUUGAGGCUCCCAAGGGAGAAUUAGGAAUUUUUCUAAUAGGAGAUCAAAAUGGUUUUCCUUCUAGAUGGAAAAUUCGUCCACCUGGUUUUAUCAAUUUGCAAAUUCUUCCUCAAUUAGUUAAAAGAAUGAAACCGGAUGCCUUCUCUGGGCUCGGGCUCAAGAAAUGA